AUGAAUCCACAAACACUAUUAAAUCCAAAUUGGUAUAUUACAGGUAGUUCAAAAGGAUUGGGAUUGAGUGCAGUCAUUAUAUUGUUAAAAAGAGGAUAUAAUGUGGCUGCUACCACUAGAGAUAAACAAGGACUCAUUAAAAAUGUUAAAAAGGAAUUAGAGAAUGACUCGGUCACACUUGGACAGUUGGAAUCUCGUUUCCUACCACUUCAAGUUGACUUGGUCAAUGAAAAGAGUGUCAAAGAAUCGAUCGAUUCAACUAUCGCCAAGUUUGGUUCGAUCGAUGUUAUUGUAAAUAAUGCUGGUUAUGGUUUAAGUGGUGCUGUUGAGGAACUAAGUGAUAAAGAUAUUAGAAAACAAUUUGAUAUUAAUUUCUUUGGUAUGGUGAAUGUUGUACGUGCAGCAUUACCACAUAUGAGAGAAUAUGCAAAGGAUACAAUUAACCAUCCACUGGGAGCUAGAAUAUUUAAUAUUGGUUCAAUUGGUGGAUUCAGUGCAGGUAUAUCAUUUAGUGUCUAUUGUAGUUCGAAAGCAGCUAUGGAUUGUUUGACAGAAGGUCUACAAAUAGAGUUGGAACAAUUUAAAAAUAUUCAUGUCAUUUCAGUGAUGCCAGGUGUCUUUAGAACCGAUUUCCUUGGAGGUUCGUUGGAGCAGACCACCAAACCUAUAUCAGCAUACACAGAUGUACGUGACAACAUGCAUGAAAGACUCACCCAACACCAUGGCCACCAACAAGGUGAUCCCAACAAAGCCAUAGAAGCUCUCAUUAAAGUAUCUCAAUACCCUUCACCACCCAAACGUUUGUUCCUUGGUAGUGAUGCAUACCAAAGAGCACAAAAUAAGAUUAAAUCAUUGACUGCAGAAUUGGAAGCUUGGAAAGAGAUUACCCUUAGCACAGACUAUUGA